AUGUCCACUCACGACGGCGAGACGCAGCCUACCAAGGGGCAGUCUUUGUCGACAGAUAUCAAUACUGCAACUCGCUCCCAACACACACAGCUUAACCGCCUCAUAACCUCCCGUCUACCGCUCUGCCUUCCCCCACACGCGGCCUCUCCUACCAUCUACGCAACUGGCCUCUCGCACUUCGCCCACGUCUUCCUCACAUUCGAAUCACUCUUCCACGACAUAGCAGCCCGCAGCUCCGUCUCAAAUCCUGCGCUCUCCACCCUUCUCGAAGACCCUUGGGUGCACGUCCCGACCGCCGUCGACCCUCCAAGCAAUGCCCGUCCACCAACACCCACCAAUGAGCAUGACGAGGACAUACAAUCCUUUCUCGCUGCCUUACUUCCACGCGGUAUGCCGCGCUCACGGCGGCUCCUCGCUGAUCUCACAUACCUGACCAAGAAACACCCCGCCGAUCUCUCCGCAUCGCUCGCACGCUUCCCAGGCGACGCAGUCGCAGACUUUGUAUUACAUAUCAAAGAGACAGUUGCCUGCAAACCGCAUGUGCUCGUUGCAUACGCAUGGUGUUUCUACAUGGCCGUAUUCUCCGGUGGACGGUGGAUCCGUGGCCAACUCACAAUGGUCGGCUGCGACUUCUGGCUCUCUACUGACCCUGACUCCCGGUCGAGCACUACCGACUCACAAAAACCCUCAUUCUCCGCUCUUGGCCUCUCCUUCUGGAAUUUCGACGGCGACGCCGACGGCGAGGAUAUCAAGGCGGCUUUCAAAGAACGUCUGGCCAAUGCCGACGCUCUCAUCACUCCCGACGAGCGUGCCGAUAUUAUUGCCGAGGCACAAAUAAUAUUCGGCUUCUGCGAAGAUCUAGUCGAGGAGUUAGAUGACCUGCUCAGCACACCGGAUGACGCACCAACUCCGGUCGAGCGUGUCGCUGAAGCGUACUUACCACCCAUGUCGCCAGUGACAGAGACGCCCUUGAAGACGGAGGUGAAGAAAAGGGAGACAAUACGGGAUCGGCUAGAUGUGUCUAAUCUUGUGACAGCGACGGUGGUGGUUGGUUGCGUGUUAUGGUAUGCGGUGCAUCUGCUUGGCGCAUCGAGAGUGGGCGCUUGGCUGGAGUAUGCUCUAUGA